AUGAUCCUGUUAAAUAUAAUGAUUAAGCCAUACACAAUUGGUGAGACGCUAGUGAUAGGCUGUAUUAAAGAUGUCUGCAUGGAAAUGCUGGGUGAGCCAGCGGCAAAGAAAGUGGCUCAGGUGCCACUUUCAAAUAACACUCUAUUUCGACGAAUUCACGAUCUGGCUCACGGUAUGGAAGAUCAGGUCAUAGAACAGAUUAAAUUAGCAAAAUAUUUUGCUUUGCAGCUUGAUGAAUGUACAGACGUCGCUAAUCAGGCAAUUCUGAUGGUUUAUGUACGUUUUGAACAUGGAGGUGAUUUGAAGGAAGAGUUUUUUUUCUCUGCUUCACUACCAUCAAAAACAACUAGUUCUGAAUUGUUUAAGACUGUGAGCGACCACAUCGUUAACAAAUGUGGAUUGGAUUUUAAGUUUUGUGUAGGCGUUUGUUCUGAUGGCGCUGCCGCCAUGAUAGGACGGCAUUCAGGAGUGGUUACCCAAAUUAAGGCGCUUGCCCCAGAAUGCAAGUCGACGCACUGCUUCCUCCACCGAGAAAGUCUUGCAACAAAAAAAAUGUCAACAGAACUAUACAGUGUGCUCAGCGAGGUUGUAAACAUUGUAAACCAUGUAAAGGUGAAUGCUUUAAAUUCGAGACUAUUCACUGCAUUAUGUGAUAAUAUGGGAGCUGAUCAUAAACAGCUUUUAUUGCAUGCUGAGGUAUGUUGGUUAUCGAGGGGAAAAGUCCUGUCAAGAGUAUUUGAGCUACGAAACGAGCUUGUCGAGUUUCUUCAGAACAAAAAAACAAAUUGGUCACAAUUGUUCCGAGAUGUGGAUUGGCUAGCGAAGCUGGCUUAUUUGGCUGAUAUCUUUGCCAUCUUUAAUGAUCUCAACACCUCCAUGCAGGGAAGCAUUGCUUCGUGUUUUACACUGGCAGACAAGAUUGAUGGGCAGAAACAAAAACUAGAAGCAUGGAAGAGUCGAGUGUCAAGAGAUUGUUAUGACAUGUUUCACCAAUUAGCGACAAUCAUCGCUGAUGCAGGCGAAGAUUUAAAUAUUACAUCUCUACGAAAUGUUAUCAGAGAACACUUGACGAAUCUGGCAGACAGUUUUCAGUUUUACUUUCCAGCAGAAGAAGAUCCACGGAAAGGAAAUGGAUGGAUCCGAAAUCCGUUUAUUCCAUUGAAAGACGACUUAAGUGUCAUUAUGGAAGAUAAAUUGUUGGAGUUGGCUGCUGACGAAGGAUUGAAGGUGAGUUUCGACACUACAACAUCGCUUGGUUCCUUUUGGAUAAAAGUAAAAGCAGAAUAACCUGAGCUUAGUGAAAUUGCUCUGAAAACCCUUCUCCCAUUUCCUUCAACUUACCUCUGCGAGACUGGCUUCUCAACCAUGAGUGUCAUUAAAACAAAGUACAGGAAUACUAUGGAUAUUCAUUCUCCAUUGCGCGUGGCACUGUCCUCAAUUGAACCUCGACUGGCUAAGCUGACGAAGAAGAAGCAGGCUCACCUUUCCCAUUAGUAAAGAGUAUUGUUUUAACAUGGCUAUUAU